AGCAUCGAACCUCUCGGCCCGGCAUGACGGCGCAAAGUCUAAGCUGAAGAACCUGGUCCUGAGGCGAGCCAGGGCCGACGACAUGAAGUUUCUGUUGGAGCUCGGGGAAGUGUACAAGGGUCGGGACCACUUCAACCUGCAGCUGCACGGUCACCUCAACAACUGGAUGUGCUACCCUGUGGUGGCAGAAAUCGACGGGUUGGUGGUGAGUACAGCAACGGGUUGGUGGUGAGUACAGCAACGGGUUGGUGACGAGUACAGCCAUCGCACGUCCAUGCAACCCUUGAGGCUGCAGGGUGGGGGGGCUCGGGUAUUUACGAGGCACAACAUUUUCAUGUGAGCUUUUCAUUAAACAACUGACUUUGAUUAUAGUGGGUAAGAAAUCAAAAUGUACCAGGGGGCCUCCACAAGUUAGGCGACGGCUUUGGUGGUGAGUCAUGGCUUGUGGCUUUCAGCGAGUCAAGUGUGAGGUGAGUCAUGGCCUGUGGGCUUUCCGUGAGUCAAGUGUGUGUGGUGAGUCAUGGCUUGUGGGCUUUCAGUGAGUCAAGUGUGUGUGGUGAGUCAUGGCCUGUCGGCUAUAAGUGAGUCAAGUGGGUGUGGUGAGGCAUGUCUUAUGGCUUUCAGUGAUUCAUGUGUGUGUGGUGAGUGUGUGUGUGGUGAGUCAUGGCCUGUGGGCUUUCCGUGAGUCAGGUGUGUGUGGUGAGUCAUGGCUUGUGGGCUUUCAGUGAGUCAAGUGUGUGUGGUGAGUCAUGGCCUGUCGGCUAUAAGUGAGUCAAGUGUGUGUGGUGAGUCAUGUCUUGUGGCUUUCAGUGAUUAAUGUGUGUGUGGUGAGUCAUGGAUUGUGGGCUUUCAGUGAGUCAAGUGUGUGUGGUGAGUCAUGGCUUGUGGCUUUCAGUGAGUCAAGUGUGUGUGGUGAGUCAUGGCGUGUGGCUUUCAGUGAGUCAAGUGUGUGUGGUGAGUCAUGGACUAUCGGCUAUCAGGCUGUUGAAGAGGGUGGUGUUGGUGUUGAGUCUUGUCUUUUGAACUGCCUUAACUUGCAAGUGGAGGCUGCGUGAAUUGUCUUGCGGUCCAUCUCCACUAAUACCAUUUGUCAGUUAACAGCUUUAUGCACCCCCCCCCCCUUUCUGACCGAUAAACGAUAGUGCUGGGUGCCAGUUCUGAAGGUGACAGUUCUGUUUGUUGGCGGGGCGAAUAUUUUUUUGUAUAAAAUUGUUUUUUUUUAAUUAAAUGAGUGAAUACCUUUUUUAAUGUCAUACUUAUUUUUGCUAAUACAACGCAUUGGUCCUCUCUUGCGCAGUACCCCAGACUAGAGUUGGGCUCACCGUGCUAAAUGAGACCAAUGGGCUCACCGCGCUAAAUGAGACCAAUGGGCUCACCGCGCUAAAUGAGACCAAUGGGCUCACCGCGCUAAAUGAGACCAAUGGGCUCACCGCGCUAAAUGAGACCAAUGGGCUCACCGCGCUAAAUGAGACCAAUGGGCUCACCGCGCUAAAUGAGACCAAUGGGCUCACCGUGCUAAAUGAGACCAAUGGGCUCACCGCGCUAAAUGAGACCAAUGGGCUCACCGCGCUAAAUGAGACCAAUGGGCUCACCGUGCUAAAUGAGAACAAUGGGCUCACCGCGCUAAAUGAGACCAAUGGGCUCACCGUGCUAAAUGAGAACAAUGGGCUCACCGCGCUAAAUGAGACCAAUGGGCUCACCGCGCUAAAUGAGAACAAUGGGCUCACCGCGCUAAAUGAGAACAAUGGGCUCACCGCGCUAAAUGAGACCAAUGGGCUCACCGCGCUAAAUGAGAACAAUGGGCUCACCGCGCUAAAUGAGAACAAUGGGCUCACCGCGCUAAAUGAGAACAAUGGGCUCACCGCGCUAAAUGAGAACAAUGGGCUCACCGCGAUAAAUGAGAACAAUGGGCUCACAGCGCUAAAUGAGAACAAUGGGCUCACCGCGAUAAAUGAGAACAAUGGGCUCACCGCGAUAAAUGAGACCAAUGGGCUCAUCGCGCUAAAUGAGAACAAUAGGCUCACCGUGCUAAAUGAGACCAAUGGGCUCACCGUGCUAAAUGAGACCAAUGGGCUCACCGUGCUAAAUGAGACCAAUAGGCUCACCGUGCUAAAUGAGACCAAUGGGCUCACCGUGCUAAAUGAGACCAAUGGGCUCACCGCGUUAAAUGAGACAUCUGUCAUAAUAAUAGUAAUAAUAAUAAUAACUUCCAUCCAAUAUUUCAUGCAUUGUUCAUCAGCCCCCCUCCCCCCCCCCAAACACACACCACUUUGACUAUAAAACCUCAUAAAUAACAUACCUACCACUGAAUCCAUCUUUCUCCUCCCCCCUACCCUCAAAAAGGUUGGAUUCGAGGUGAGUGAAAUCAUCGACGGAGGAAGAGGAGUGAUGAAGCGGUCGGCGAGGGUGGCCCCGUCCCACCGCAAAAUGGGGCUGCUGCACAUCAUGGACUUUCACCUGGACGACUGGGCGCGCGCCACUCUGCCUGGCCUGAAGCACGAGCUCAUGAGCGUCGUGGACAAGACGUAUGAGAAGGUGGCCAAGGAGUUCACUCACCUGGGAUACUCCUUGGCGUGGCGGCAGGUACAUCUGAUUGCACGUUUUAAGGGUGUGUGGGGUUGGGGGGGGGGGGCGCUUAUAUUUCUUUUUGGGACAGUAGCAGUACUUCAAAUAAUGGCUUAAAAAACUCAAAUGAAUUGAUGACAACUCUCAGUUGAAUCAAAAUAUAAGACAUUGUAGAUGAGGAUAAAUUAUGUACUUAACUGUGUUGGUAGUGUCUGUAGAUGUAUUGGUAGUGUUUGUAGAUGUGUUGGUAGUGUCUGUAGAUGUGUUGGUAGUGUCUCUAGAUGUAUUGGUAGUGUUUGUAGAUGUGUCGGUAGUGUUUGUAGAUGUGUUGGUAGUGUUUGUAACUAUGUUGGUAGUGUCUAUAAUUAUGUUUGGUAGUGUUUGUAAUUUUGUUGGUAGUGCCUGUGAAUGUUGGUAGUGUCUGCAAUUGUGUUGGCAGUAUCUGUAAUUGUGUAGUUAGUGUCUGUAAUUGUGUUGGUAGUUUCUGUAAUUUUGUUGGUAGUGUCUGUAAUUUGAUUGGCAGUGUCUAUAAUUAUGCUUGUAGUGUCUGUAAUUAUGUUGCAAAAUUACAGAUAGUGCCUACUUAACUCAUUCAUCACAAGACCUACUUGACUCAUUCAUCACAAGACCUACUUGACUCAUUCAUCACAAGACCUACUUGACUCAUUCAUCACAAGACCUACUUGACUCAUUCAUCACAAGACCUACUUGACUCAUUCAUCACAAGACCUACUUGACUCAUUCAUCACAAGACCUACUUGACUCAUUCAUCACAAGACCUACUUGACUCAUUCAUCACAAGACCUACUUGACUCAUUCAUCACAAGACCUACUUGACUCAUUCAUCACAAGACCUACUUGACUCUUCUACUUCUUUAUUUUAAAGAGGGCCCACGAUCAAUGAAUUGAUCAUUCUGGCUCCUAUGUUUCAGAGGGGUUGGCGAUGUUACUGUCCAUGGGUUUCAAUGGGAUGCUUCACUGGUGGCAAGGGCGACUCAGCAGUGGUGUUAUGAACUGGGGGUUGGAAUACAGGAGGCAAUAGACACAAAUGCGUCGAGUGUAGCCGCCUCAACUGUUGCUUUUGGAAGCUUGUUCCAGUCCCCUAUUGUCUUCGGCAGGAAUGAGGAGCUCCUGUACUUUGUUCUUGUUUUUACCAGCCGGAACUGUCUGUCGUGGCUUCGUCGCAGUCUAGAGGGAAGAUGAACGAGUUUCUGUUUGAUUCCGGAGCAGUGGACCAGCCCAUUUUUGAUCUUGUACAACAUGGUGAGCCUGGAUAGUCGUCGUCGUUCUUCCAAUGUUGACCAGCCCAGUGUUUCCAGCAUGCUGCCAACACUUUAGGUGUUUCUGUAGCGGUUCAUGACAAAGCGUGCUGCCCGUCGCUGGACCGCCUCCAACCUGUCGAUGCUUUUCUGGGUAAAUGGGUCCCAGACUGUAGAAGCGUACUCUAAAAUAGGCUGGACAAAGGCUUUAUAGGCAUUUUCUUUCCCGCUUGAGUUUCCGAUCUUCAGAUUGCGCCUUAGGAACCCCAGGGUCUUGUUUGCCCGGUUGCACACACUGUUAAUGUGCUCGACUCCUUCAUCACAAGACCUAGUUAACUUACUUAUCAAAUAACCUACUUUACUCAUUCAUCAGAAGACCUACUUGACUCAUUCAUCAAAUGACCAUCUUGACUUAUUUAUCACAAGAUCUACUUUAAUUAUUCGUCACAUGACCUAAUAUGUUCAUUCAUCACAAGACCUUGUUUACUCAAUCAUCAAAAGUCCCAUUUUACUCAUUCAUCACAAGACCUACAAGACUCAUUCAUCAGAAGACCUACUAGACUCAUUCAUCACAAGACCUACAAGACUCAUUCAUCACAAGACCUACUAGACUCAUUCAUCACAAGACCUACUAGACUCAUUCAUCACAAGACCUACUAGACUCAUUCAUCACAAGACGUACUAGACUCAUUCAUCACAAGACCUGCUAGACUCAAUUAUCACAAGACCUACUAGACUCAUUGUUCACAAGACCUACUAGAUUCAUUCAUCACAAAACCUACUAGACUCAUUCAUCAUAAGACCUACUAGACUCAUUCAUCACAAGACCUACUAGACUCAUUCAUCACAAGACCUACUAGGCUCAUUCAUCACAAGACCUUCUUGACUCAUUCAUCAAAAGACCUUCUAGGCUCAUUCAUCACAAGACCUACUAGACUCAUUCAUCACAAGACCUACUUGACUCAUUCAUCAAAAGACCUUCUUGACAUUUUAUCACAAGACCCGCUUUGCGCAUUCAUCACCUGACCUAAUUUGUUCGUUCAUCACAAGACCUUACUUGCUCAUUUAUCCCAUGACUUACUUUGCACCUUUAUCCCAUGACCUAAUUUACUCUAUUAGCACAAGACCUAAUUUACCCAUGUCUCACACGGCCUUCCUGGCUCAUUCAUCACAAUAACUUCUUGACUAAUUCAUCACAAAACAUACUUUGCUCAUUCUUCACCAGACCUAUUUUUCUCUUUCAUAUUAAGAUUUUUAAAAAGUAUGAAACUGUAUGACUGACACUUAUAUCGGUUCUCAUCCAAAGUAAAAAAAAAAAAAAAAAAAGUUUACAGUGGUUCUAUAAUUGUUCAGGACGUCACCAGACCUAUUUUUCUCUUUCAUAUUAAGAAUUUUAAAAAGUAUGAAACUGUAAGACUGACACUUAUAUCGGUUCUCAUCCAAAGUAAAAAAAAAAAAAAAAAGUUUACAGUGGUUCUAUAAUUGUUCAGGACGUGCGGGUUUUGCUGUUCGACACUAAGGACUUCAAAGGCGUCGACGAGAAACAGGAAACGCCCUACACCGUCUCACCUUUGACCCACGAGGACUUGCGGCACCUUUUCCAGUGCAGCGCUGUGGUGGACAAGCUGUUCCCCAAUAAACUGCUGCUGCUCUACGGGGUGGGCUGCGGGGCGCUGGCCGAGAACAUCUUCUACAUGAAGACCCCCGGGCGGGACGUCUUCGGCUCCUCGGCCACGCCCGCGAUGUCAGAGACCCCGACCAACUACUGGUACCAGCGGAACUUCACCGACGACAUGAUCACGACCGCGGACAUGCUGACCUUCGCGUACAACUACACCGGCGACCUCGGCUUGAUCUACAUCAUCGACAUCUACGCCGCGGAGGGCUGCCCGGAGAGGGCGCUACGCGAGCACAUCAGGUACCACCUGAGGACGAUCUGCCGCCUGAACCGGGGCGGCGGCCUGUUCGGCCUGGGGGUCAACCAGCACGUGACCGUCGAGCAUGUGUUGGCGAUUCUCAAAGAGCACGGCAUCGAGACGCCGUUGCCGAACUCUGAGAUCGCUAAUGUUCUUGUCAAGCGGGAUGUGGGAUCCGCUUGA